AUGUUUGUGGUCGGCACCUCCUUUCCUUGUGGUGUCUUUCCGCAGCAGAGCUUCGAGGUUAUCCCUCUCCAGCGGCUCUUCGAGAAUGUCGACUCGCAUAACAAGUCUAUUCAGGGCUCUAUUCGGCCGGGGCCGCAUGACGACUUUUUGUUGGAGCAAUCUACCAAAGAUUUUGCCUCCGGCAAGCAGAGAGUGAUUGACAACGCAGAUCACGGGGGCAGAGCGAGCUCAGCUCGGAGCGCCAGCGCGGCAGAGGUCAGCCACCUGCUGGAGGAAGACCAGUGGGAAGGAGGGGGCGAGGACUGGCCGGAUGCCUACCCUUUCGUGGCACAGAUUGACCGGCACACUUACGAUGCCUUCCUCCCAGGUGAGGUUAAAGUCGCGCAGCUCGAGUUAUCAAUGGUUCUCUUCGCCCUCACAGCCCGGGCCUCUACCUUCCGCUCUCGUCGCGGCACGUGGUACAUUGACAACGUGGCAGCGCUUAUGGCACUCAUUCGAGGGCGUUCCGAUUCUCCUGACCUCGAGCGGCUUGUGCAUCUCAUUCAUGUGGCCCUCUUCUCUCUCCAGGUUUGGGUUUACUGGGAGUGGGUGCCCAGUAAGUCCAACUGGUCCGACUCGAUCAGUCGAUUGGAUGCGUCGGAUCCCUGGGCCGCUUCUCGCGGCGACGACGCUGCAGAGGAUGGCACCAUCACAUUGGCCUCCUUCCGGACUUUUCUGCUGAACAGCGUGAGGAUGGGAGAGGCAGAACUGGAACUGGCUCUGCAGGGCUUUGAGGCCAACUUGACUCGCUUUGCUCUGCUUGAUUUAGUAGAGGAAUACAGAACGUGCGUCAAAGAAGUCGCAGUGACCCCCGCUUUGGAGGUCAAGGGAAGUACUGCAAUGAGGAAGCUCGAGCUCGAAGAAACUGUGGAGGUACUUGGCCAACACAGUACGGAAGAGGCCGCCGGGCUCCUGAGAUCACGAUGUCGAGCUCUACGAGAUAAUCUCGAGGGCUGGGUGACUCUGAAUGGGAACCAGGGCACGGCCUUCCUGAAGAGGAUUAGCAAGCCCUACUACUUCUGUAAGGCAGAAACUCCCUUGAUGGAGUCCUGCGCCUCUACGGCAAAGCCUCUGGGAACUGCACGCCAUGGUGAGCUCCUGGAGGUGCUCGAAGGGCCCAGGUUAGAGAAGACUGCGGAGGUGAGCAAAGCAAAGGGCAAAGCGAUAAAGGAUGCCAAAGUCGGCUCGGUGUUGUUCAAAGAUGAAUCCGGCAAGUGCUUCUUCGAGUUGCUCGAUGUCUUGCUCUGCAAAGGGUGCGUGGCCCUCACAGACAACUUCGAUAUAGGUGCUUGCAAAGCCAUCCGAAAGCUCGAGGUGGGAGAAAAGCUCCAGGCUCUUGAGGAGCCAAGGGAGGACGCGAAGCGACACCUCGUGAGGAUGAAGGUGAAAGCCCUCUCCGACGGCAAAGAAGGUUGGGCCACGUCACAAGGAAAUCAAGGAACCAUGUACGUGGCGGAGAACAACCGUCACUACACUUGCACCCACAGCGUCGACUUGGAGACUACCGCCGGCGAGGUCAGGCGACUCGAGCCUGGUGAGCACUUCGAGCUGCUCUCAGACCCGACGACCGAGUCAAGACAAGGCAAGCUUUUUGCGAGGGGGCGCUGCCUGUCAAGCUCCGCUCAAGUAGGCGAGGGGUGGUUUGCAGUCGAUGAAGCUGUUCAGCCUUGGAUACACCGCCAAAAGUGUGCCAAAGAUGCCACUCUGCGGACAUCCAUGGAUGCAGAUGCAGAGGUGGUGCGUGAGCUUGCCGCGGGCGAGGAUGUUGAGAUUUGUCAGGCUCCAGAGCCCUACGCAAGCUCAGGAGGCGGCGCCUUGAUGGUUCGUGUUCGAGCGAAGAAAGAUGGCGUGGCAGGCUUUCUGCCCUUGUUCGGAGAGGACGGCCAG